CACUCCUCCGUCUCGCAUCAGCUACCUCCACGAUGCAGAACGAAAAGGGCGCAGAAGGCUACAAGCCGGAUCUCCUCGUGCUCGUCUGGGUCCACGGAUUCAAGGGUAACGAAGUGACGUUCGAGGGCUUCCCAUCACGUAUCGUGCGCAUUCUCGAGGACACGCACCCUUCUUUACAUGUCCAGUCUCACGUCUUCCCGGCGUACGAGACGCGUGGCGAGCUUAGCGCCGCGACGGAGAACUUUGUCGAGUGGCUCGCGACCAAGGUCGUUGAGCUCGAGAACGGUGCUGGCCGAGGGCGGGGGGCGGGGAGCGCCAGAGUUGUGCUCAUGGGCCAUUCUAUGGGUGGGCUCCUCAUUGCCGACGCUACAUCGCGGAUAGCCGCGACGACACGCAUCGAGGACCCGAUGUGGCCGAACGUCGUGGCGACGCUGGCCUUCGACACACCGUAUUUGGGUCUGCACCCGCACGUCUUUAAACACGGCUUCUCGACCGCCGCGGGACACGUCGAGACGGCGCGGACGGCCGCGAGCGCGCUGGCGAUGCUCUCGCCCGUCGCUGCCGGGCUGGGGUGGGGCAAGGCGAAGGAGGCCGAGGAGCGGCAGAAGAAGGAGGCCGAGGAGGCGCGCGCGCGGGGCCAGCAGCCCCAGCCGACGAGCUGGUGGCAGGGCAAGGCGGCGGUCGGGCUCGGCGCGAUCGCGGUGGCCGGCGCCGCGGCGGGCGCGGCGUACUUUCGCCGCGAAGAUCUCGCGACGGGAUGGAAGUGGGGGUCGGAGCAUAUGACGUUCGUGCGCAACUUGUGGGAUGCAAAGGCGCUGCGGGACAGGCUGGACCGCAUUGCCGAGCUGCAGAACUCGCGCAACGUCACCUUCGCUAACUUCUACACCUGCCUUCCUGCGAGCGGGACGCACCUCACCCGGCGGACGUUUGCGAUCAUCCCCUCGCCGAGCGAGGCGAUUGCGACGCACUGGAUGCCCGCCAUCAACACGGUCGCGAAGGACGAGGUGAAUGCCCACAUGGGCAUGUUCAACCCGCGGAACAACGACGGCUUCUACGACCUCGGGCUGGCCACUGUGCGCAUUAUUGCCGAGCGGCUAGAGGAGGAGGGCAUCCAUCGGGCUGGGGGAGCCUCGGGCGACGCGCAGAGCGUGAGCGAGAAGAUGGGGUCGGGGCUGGGAAGUGGGACGGCGGACGAUCCUGUGCUUGUAGACGUAUAGAGGGUGAUAGAGCUAUGUCAUUGUUGUUGCAGGUGACGCUGGAGUCGCCUUCUGCCAUUGACGAUGAAUGAUUGCC